GCAGCAGAAGGGCUCAUGCGCAGAAGAUGGGGACCUGGGCAGAAUUCAGAGAAAGGGAGCCUUCCACCGGGGAUUACUUCCAAGUACCUAGGGGAGAGAGACAAGCCGAAGGACAGCAAGAAAGAGAGAAAGAGGGUGUGUCGUCAUUCGAAGAAAAAAGGGGGCGUGUUGUUAACAUGACGAACCAAUGUAUGGACGGACCGUCCAAGGAGACUGAGAGUGAAGGCAAAAAGAGAGGAGAGGGCAAGCAGGGAGACGCCGAAAGAGACGGGGGCCACCGGUC